AUGAGCGUCACUUUCACCGUCCAACGAGGAUCUCAAAGCGGGAAAGUCGUUCAAGGCACCUCCAGCCGACAACUAGGCCGCAACGAGGCCUAUCUCAAAAUCACACACUCUGGCCUGUGUGGAACAGAUGAACACUAUCUCCACAACGGAAUCGUUUUAGGCCACGAAGGAGUUGGCAUUGUCGAGGCAGUUGGCCCAGACGUUACUACCGUCAAGGUUGGUGAUCGAGUCGGAUUCGGCUGGGUUCACAAGACGUGCGGACGGUGUCAAUACUGCCUUACAGGAUUGGACACGUACUGCGAGAACAAGACAGAAUUCGGAAUCCAUGACCAUGACGUUGGCUCAUUCGCCAGCCACGCCGUCUGGGAUGCCGAUGCGCUCCACAAGAUUCCCGAUGGCCUCGAUAGUGCUCAUGCUGCUCCACUGAUGUGCGGCGGAGCUACAGUUUGGACGCCCUUUGCUCUGUAUGGCAUCCGCCCGACUGAUCGCGUCGGCAUCGUUGGUGUUGGCGGCCUGGGACACUUGGCCAUCCAGUUCGGAGCAAAGAUGGGCUGCAAGGUCGUCGUCUUCUCCAGCAGCGAGUCCAAGAGAGAGGACGCGAUGAAGCUAGGCGCAAGCGAGUUCCAUGUUCUACACGCGGAUUCCCCUCUAGAGGGAAUCGAGCCGGUCAGGCACAUGCUGCUCUGCGGAAAUGCGCAACCCGACUACAGCCGUAUCAUUCCGCUUACGGCAUCGGCCGGCAAGAUUUACAACUUGAUUGUGAGCUUCGAUGCGCCUCCGAUGCCAAUGCUGCCGCUCAUGGCGAGAGGCAUCAGCAUCCAGGGCUCGGCUGGAGCACCUCGAGCGGAGAUCAGGAAGAUGCUGGACUUUGCGGUGCAGCAUGGAAUCAAGCCAACCAUCAUGACAUGGCCAUUGAACACCCAGGGUGUGGAGGAUGCGAUGAAAGUACUGCGAGAGGGCAAGAUGAGGUACCGCGGUGUCUUGGUGGCGGAGUAA